AUGUUUUUUUAACCUCAGCUCUGCGCUGACAUUGAUACAGAACGGGAUGAAAGAACAGAUAUCCAGGCGAACAAAAGGAGAAGAUCAAGCGAUCAGCAGCAAAACUAAGGCUUGGUAUUGGACCUCCGAUCAUUCCUCUCCUCGCAGAGUCCACCGAGCCGGCAGAUAAACUGUCGACCAUUCUCUGCAGGUAAAGAAAGAUCACUUCUGACUUGCAUACUGAAACGAUGGAUGAACUGUGCCCUCCAUAUGUGGUCCAGAAGCUCCAUGGACAGUCCAUGUUGUUGAGACAAAUAUCUUCUUCUGCCACGAGAAGUCAUGUAAUCAACAAUGCACAUUAUGCACGCAAUUUUUCUGUGACAAAAUACCAUCAGACGAAUGGAAGUAUUGGGCGUUUGCCUCGCAAUACACCAUCCCCGAUCCGUGCCCCCGCACCCGAAGAGAAGGGUUUUUCUGGAUUCAUGAUUGAUUUUCUAAUGGGUGGAGUUUCUGCUGCCGUCUCCAAAACGGCGGCUGCUCCGAUUGAGCGUGUUAAGCUCUUGAUUCAGAACCAGGAUGAAAUGAUCAAGAGUGGUAGGCUUUCUCAUCCUUACAAAAGUAUCGGCGAUUGCUUCACCCGCACAAUAAAAGAUGAGGGUGUGGUUGCACUCUGGAGGGGAAACACGGCCAAUGUUAUCCGUUAUUUCCCGACUCAGGCCUUGAACUUUGCCUUCAAGGACCACUUUAAGCGCAUGUUCAACUUUAGAAAGGACAAGGAUGGGUACUGGAAGUGGUUCUUCGGCAACAUAGCUUCCGGAGGGGCCGCCGGUGCUUCUUCUCUGUUGUUUGUGUAUUCUCUGGAUUACGCUCGUACUCGUCUCGCCAAUGAUGCCAAGGCUGCAAAGGUGGGUGGCCAGAGGCAGUUCGACGGCAUCGUAGAUGUCUAUCGCAAGACCCUCGCCAGCGACGGUGUCCGCGGCUUGUACCGUGGCUUCAACGUCUCCUGUGUGGGCAUCAUCGUUUAUCGAGGUCUUUACUUCGGAAUGUACGACUCCCUCAAGCCAGCGGUUCUUGUUGGUUCUCUUGAGGAUAACUUGCUUGCCAGUUUCUUGCUUGGCUGGGGUGUAACGAUGGGUGCUGGGCUCGCCUCGUAUCCCAUUGAUACCGUGCGCCGCCGUAUGAUGAUGACAUCCGGUGAGUCCGUGAAGUAUAAGAACUCCAUGGAUGCUUUCAGGAAGAUCAUCGCCGAGGAGGGCGCCAAGUCCCUCUUCAAGGGUGCUGGCGCCAACAUCCUUCGUGCCGUUGCGGGUGCUGGUGUCCUUGCUGUGUAUGACAAGCUCCAGGUGGUCGUCUUUGGCAAGAAGUAUGGAUCCGGUGGUGGCUAAGUACGGAUGCUGUAGGGCUAAAUUUUGUGCGAUGGUGUAGCGCUGCUUUUGAAUAAAAUCUGCCAUAUGGAGUAUGGAGAGUGUUUAACAAAAAACUAUCACAAUUCGUCCAAUCGUGCCUACAAACUACCACUU